AUGAUGGUUUGUUGGCCUUACUUCGAUCCUGAAUUUGAUAAUCUCCCAGAGAGAAUAUAUGGUCCCCCAGUUUGCAUUGACAAUGACAGCAUGGAGGAAUGCACGGUGAUAAAGGUAGAUAGCGUGAACAAGCAAGGGAUCCUCCUGGAAGUGGUGCAGGUGUUGACAAAUAUUAAUCUGAUCAUCUUAAAAAGCUACAUUUCCUCUGACGCUGGAUGGUUCAUGGAUGUCUUUCAUGUUAAAGAUGAGCACGGCGACAAAAUCAGAGAUCAAAAUGUAAUUAACUAUAUCCUGCAGGCCAUAGGUACAGUUAGAGAGAUCGAAAACACGGUGAAGGCCAUGGCCUAUCGCAAUGACGUAUUCAAUAACUCCGAUCAACUGAGCGAGCACACCGCUAUAGAAAUGAAAGGAACCGAUCGACCGGGUCUAUUUUCGGAGAUAUCAGCAGCCUUAGCUGAUCUCCACUGUAACAUUGUGGAGGCACAUGCAUGGAGCCACAAUGCUCGUUUGGCUUGCGUGGCCUACAUUUCCGAUCAAUCCACCGACACCCCGAUCGACGAUCCCCACCGCCUUGCCACCAUCGAGGGCCACCUCACCACUUUACUACGAGCCACAACUACACCUACCCAAAGUGAGUCGGAAAUAGCCAGCCCACAAGAAGUGAAGACAGCUGAGUUUGGUGAAGGGACCAAUAUGACCGAUGUGGAACGCAGGUUACACCAACUUAUGCUAUCAGCAGGUGAUUUCCAUAGGCCGGAAUUUGAGGCGAUGACACCACCACCAUCAUCAAGAUCAGACGGUGAUGAAGAAGGAAGAAAAAUGGUUGUAACAAUUGAGAACUGUCACGAAAAAUGGUACUCCAUCGUCAGCAUUGAAUGUAAAGAUAGACCCAGACUCAUGUUUGAUACAGUGUGUACGCUUACUGAUAUGCAAUACGUGAUUUUCCAUGCAUCAAUCAGUUCCCGCGAUGGCAGAUCCUUGCAGGAAUACUUCAUAAGACAUGUAGACGGAUACGCUUUGAGUUCUGAAAGUGAGAAAGAGAAGGUUAUAAAAUGCUUGGAAGCAGCUAUUGAGCGACGAGUUUGCGAGGGGGUUCGACUAGAGCUGAGUGCAGAGAAUCGGGUCGGGUUAUUGUCUGACAUAACUCGGGUUCUAAGGGAAAACGGCCUGAGUGUAGUAAGAGCAGAUGUGAAAACCCAAGGAGAAAAGGCAGUGAAUGCUUUCUACUUGAAAGACAUUUUGGGGAAUGAAGUCGACACAGAUGUGGUGGAGUCGGUGAAGAAAGAGAUGGACGACGUUAUAGACUUUGAAGUGAAGAACGAUGGUGGUGGCAGCAGCAGUCAGCAAGGUGGGUGCCUGUCAAGCUCGCCGCCGCAAAGGUCGCCCGGAUUCUUCUCUCUUGGAGACGUUCUUAAGUCUCAAAUCACACGCUUUUCUCAUAAUUUUAUCCCUACUAAUUAG